UUUCACAGAAAGAAGAAAAGAUGUGCCUUUUAUUUUCGCCUAGAAUCAGAAUCACGAAAACAAUCUUGAUGUUUAUCCGUCUGUUCUUCAUAUCAUUGAACUCGUCCCAUGCAGGAAAUCGAUCUGUAAAGACCCUGCGGUGCACAUCAAUUGAUAUAUAUCUACAUAUAUCUAAUUGACGGCCUGCACCGAUCGAACUCGGAGGAUUGUCCAUUGCGCACAUCCACGAGAGAGCUUUGUUGAUGGAUAAAUGGGAAAGCUCUCGUCUUUUUGGCGGUGUUUCCUUCCGAACUUUGUCCUGUUUUCCUGCGCUACGAGAGAGGAAAGAAGGAUGAGUAAAAACAGAGUGGUAAAUGGGAGAAGGGUUAGAGUUGUUGGGCCUCUCGAUGGUGCUUUGGGCUACAAAGCAGAGAGCCGCAGAGGAUCCUUGAUGCCGGUUGGUUCAAAGGAGGACGGCGACUGUAGAGCCUUGAUUCGCUCUCCUUCUCCCUAUAUAUACCCAUCUUAUGUUCUUCUCGGUCGCGCCGUGAGAUUGGAGGGCAGAGAUGGGCGACGAGACCCGGAGCAAGUUCAAGCGGAUUUGCGUCUUCUGCGGCAGCAACUCUGGCAACCGAACAGUCUUCAGCGAUGCAGCUCUUGAUCUGGGUCGCGAACUGGUGAGGAGAAGGAUCGAUUUAGUUUAUGGUGGUGGGAGUGUGGGAUUGAUGGGUCUGAUUUCACGGGCAGUUUAUGAUGGAGGUUGCCAUGUUCUUGGGGUUAUUCCUCAAGCUCUCAUGCCCCUUGAGAUAUCUGGAGAGACUGUGGGGCAAGUAAAAAUUGUUUCAGACAUGCAUGAGCGAAAAGCUUUAAUGGCUCAACAAGCUGAUGCAUUUAUUGCACUUCCCGACAUUGUAGGAGGGUAUGGAACAAUGGAGGAGGUGAUGGAGAUGACAACAUGGUCACAACUUGGAAUUCAUGAUAAACCAGUUGGCCUAUUAAAUGUUGAUGGCUAUUACAACUCCUUGCUUGAACUAUUUGAUAAUGGCGUGCAAGAAGGCUUUAUAAAGCCAGCUUGUAGACAUAUAGUGCUUUCUGCUUCAACUGCAGAUGAAUUGCUUACAAAAAUGGAGCUAUAUACUCCUUUGCACAAAGAAGUUGCUCCGCGACAGAACUGGGAGAUUUCCCAUCUAGGUUACUCCAAGGCUCCAAGCUCACCCUGAAGAACUGAUUCAUGUGAUUCUUUGCUUGACAGUUUGUGCCUGAGAAGCCUCUGGCUGUAAGAGCUGUUCACUGAAGAACUGCUCUCACUUUGACUUUCCAAUAAAAGUAUUGGUGCUCAUAAUUGUGAAUCUA